GCAGCAGCAGCAGUCCCGAGCAGUGCAGGUGAGAGGGAAAAAAAACCAGAGGAGGAGGCGCGUGUGGAGGAGUGAGAGAGAAUGCGGGACUCUUGGAAAAAGACGCAUCUACACUCGGUCCAUCACCGAGACAUCCAUCCCGAACACGGGCUGCACAGGAUUAUGCUAAAUUGAUGCUGCACUCGGGAUACCCCCCUUUUAGUCCACAAAGAGUGGCUCUGGUUUUUCUAUUUUAUGAGAAAAUACAUGAUCAGAAAGUCGGCUUGCAAAACACUCCUCUCUCCAGAUAACUUGCGUGAAGGAAUCCGACUGCUUGGCACGUUGCUCCACUGCGGGAAAAAGAGGAAAACGCAGCUGGAUCUGAAGUGGUGCUGCAUUGCAGUUUCUAACUGUGAAAAACGCGAGAAAAGCCUCUGUCCCAAAUGUGACUGGAAUAAAAAGAAGUUACAAAUAGCAUUAUGAACUGAUAAGCGCCCUUGUCCGGAUAGCUCUCCGGUUUACGGAGGGAAGAGAAAGAAGUGAGGAAGUGGAUUAAUCCAAUUCUGAUAAAUUAGUUUUAUUUUUCGCAGCAGGAUGGAUUUUUUUAUAUCUCUGAGGCUUAAACAGCCCAGCAAGAUAAGAGCACUGCUGCUAUAGAAGUUUGAAAAUAAAAAUCACUGAGUAUAGGAGGAGAACAGAAGAAAGGAGCCUGUGCCACUGAAGUGAACUACAGUCAGAAAGCUUUUCUCCGGACCUCAGGCAGCAGUCCACAGAGAGUGGUAGAGAAAGGGUAAGAAAGGAUAAACCAAACACCCACGCCGUGAGGUACACCAGAACAUAAAUAAAGAAGAGACGAGCCGCAGCUACGAGGCAGACAGAGCGGGAAGGAGAGAAGCGAGAGAAAGAGCCAUGCAGAGGCUUGGUGCAGUGCACUCCUCCGCGGCGCAGGUUCUCAGCCUCGUGGUCUUAGUGCUGCAGCUGCUGACUCAGCUACCGGGUGCCGACUCAGCUCUCCGGUACCGGGUGGCGGAGGAGGGUCCACCUGACGUCAAGAUUGGCAACGUAGCCGCAGACCUUGGCCUCACAGCAGGUACAGGCAGUGGGGAUGUCACCUUUGCCCUGGAGAGCGGCUCAGAGUACUUCAAGAUUGACAAUGUGACAGGUGAGCUGACAACCGGCCCACGGCGCAUCGACAGAGAGAAACUCCCCCAGUGCCAGAUGAUAUUUGAUGAAAAUGAGUGUUUCUUGGACUUUGAAGUGUCAGUGAUCGGGCCACUGCAGAGCUGGGUAGACCUGUUUGAAGGCCGUGUUGUCAUCACAGACAUCAAUGACAAUACACCUUCCUUCCCCUCACCCGUGCUGCAGCUCUCAGUUGAAGAGAAUCGGCCCAUUGGAACCCUUUACCUGCUUCCCACUGCCACAGACAGAGAUUUUGGGCGAAACGGCAUUGACCGUUAUGAGCUCAUUCAGGACGGUGGGGCUGGGUCAACUUCAUCAAGACGCACAGCAGGAGGAAACCCCAUUACUAGAGUAGAUGGGCUUGGGGACCGGAGGGGUAGAAGUGGAGAUAAUGGGGGAGGAGCUAGAAGCAGUGUGUUUGAACUGCAAGUGGCAGAUAUACCAGAUGGUGAAAAACAGCCACAGCUCAUUGUGAAAGGCACCUUAGACCGUGAGCAAAAAGAUUCAUAUGAGCUUGUCCUGAGGGUUCGAGAUGGAGGGAACCCACCACGUUCCUCCCAAGCUCUGCUUCGUGUUUCUAUCUCUGACGUGAAUGACAACAGCCCACAAUUUGAGAGGUCUACAUAUGAAGCAGAAAUGGCAGAAAAUGCCCCUCCAGGUACACCUGUCCUCCAGGUUAGAGCGUCAGACCGUGAUAUUGGAGUCAAUGGGCAAGUGGAGUACGUCUUUGGAGCUGCAACUGAGUCUGUCAGGCGACUCCUAAGGCUGGAUGAAGCAACUGGAUGGCUGAGUGUUCUCCACAGGAUUGAUAGAGAAGAAGUGGCACAACUGAGGUUCACAGUAAUGGCCAGGGACCGCGGCCAGCCACCCCGCACUGAUCGAACCACGGUAGUUUUGGCUGUUCGGGAUGAAAAUGACAACGUUCCUGUUGUAGAGAUCCGAAAAAUUGGCCGGAUCCCUGUACGAGACGGAGCCUCUUUAGUGCCAGAGAAUGUCUUGGUGGACACACCAGUAGCUCUGGUCCAGGUGUCAGACCGGGACCAGGGAGAGAAUGGAGCUGUGACUUGCACAGUAGUAGGAGAUGUCCCAUUCACACUCAAGCCAGCUGGGGAAACAGUGCUCCCACCCUUACCUGCAGAUGACGCCUUUGACAGGAACAAGAAAAAGUACUUCUUACACACUUCUGCCUUGCUGGACUACGAGGCCACAAAAGAGUACAGUGUAACAAUUGUGGCAGUAGAUUCUGGCAGCCCCAGUCUCUCUAGUAACAGCUCAUUGAUGGUGCGAGUUGUAGAUAUCAAUGACCAUGCUCCAACCUUUGCCCAGAGUGUUGUGGAGGUCCACUUUGCAGAGAACAACUCGCCUGGCGAAAGGGUAGUCACUGUUGUAGCUACAGAUGCAGACAGUGGCAAGAAUGCUGAAAUUGCCUACUCACUCGACCCUGCUGCUAAUGGACCAUUUUACAUAGAUGCAGACAAUGGAGACAUUCGUGCCACUGGGGUUUUGGACCGUGAGCAGCGAGAGCGAUAUGAACUGCGGGUUUUUGCAAAGGACAAAGGCACCCCGUCUUUACAAGGCUCUGCCAGCGUUGUUGUUCAGGUGACCGAUCGCAAUGACAACGCUCCAAAGUUUGUUCAGGAAAUCUUCACAUUUUAUGUAAAGGAGAAUCUGCUAGCCAACAGUCCAGUUGGCAUGGUCACUGUGACUGAUGCUGACGAAGGUCAGAAUGCAGAACUAAGUCUUUUUGUAGAGAUGGAUGGAGUUGAUGAGAAGAUGACAGGAGAAAAAUCAGAGGGAGAAGAUGGUAAAAAAGAGAAUGAAGAGUUGUUCUCCAUUGAGAACAACACUGGAACCAUCUUCUCUUCUGCAUCAUUUGAUCGUGAAAAGCUUUCCACCUACACUUUCCGUGUCCGGGCAGUGGAUGGAGGUGAGCCUCGCAAAACUGCUACUGCCACCGUCUCGCUCUUUGUGACGGACGAAAAUGACAACGCCCCCGCAAUUACUUCUCCAGCCAACGAGUCCUACACCCUCCUACCGCCUGCUAGCAGUGCCCGCACCAUUGUCAAAACUGUAACAGCCAUAGACUCAGACACAGGCCCAAAUGCUGAUCUUCACUACUCUCUAGUAGGAGGAAAUCCCUUCCGACUGUUUGAGAUUGGCCACACCAAUGGAGUGAUCACCCUGGCAGAGCCUCUGGAGCGCCGCCACAGAGGUCUACAUCGUUUGGUGGUCCGAGUGAAUGACAGUGGCAUCCCCUCUCUCUGUGCCACUGCGCUGGUUCAUGUCUUCAUUAAUGAGAGCUUGGCUAAUGCUUCACUAGUGGAUGCACAGGUGGCCCGAAGCCUGAUGGCUCCGCUGUCACUAGACAUUGCAGGGGACCCAGACAGCGAGCGUGCGUUAGGCAAGCAGCGCCUCAGUGUAGCAAUUGGUGUCCUGGCAGGAGCCGCAGCAGUCAUCUUGGUUAUUCUUCUGGUAGUCACAGCUCGGCAGUGUGGUGCUCAGGGUAAGAAUGGCUAUGAGGCCGGCAAGAAGGAGCCAGAGGAAGAUUUCUUUGGUCCCACGGGGGCGCAGCCACAGGUUGGCCGUGGUGGGGGAUCAGAUCGUGGACGCAAGCCUCGUAGGGACAAGCGCAGUGGAAGCAGUGGGAAUGGACCUGGAGGAGGAAAGUCAGACAGAGCCCUCUACAGUGGUAUAGUCACAGUCAACGGACUGCGUCGCCAUGCCAAUGAUGAUGAUGAAGAGGAUCUGAGCAGUGCUAGUGAGCGCCUGGCAGCUCGUUACUGUGCUGUGGAUGGUGACCCUGGAAGCCCGCGGAUGGGCGGUGGUAGGAGGCAUCAGUCAAGCCCAGAUCUGGCCCGGCACUACAAAUCCAGCUCGCCCCUCCCCGCAGUGAAUCUUCAGCCUCACUCACCUCCAGCAGAGGGAAAGAAGCACCAGGCAGUCCAGGAGCUGCCUCCCUCUAACACCUUUGUAGGCAGUGGUGGGUGUGUGGGAAGUGCUGGUUCCAGCAGCAGCAGUAGUGGAGGCAGUGGCAAUGCAGAUGCCAUGUCCCUGGGAUCUGACCAGUGCUCAGAGUAUGGCUGCCAGACUGGAAACAAGUACAGCAAACAGGGUGGAGAGCCCAGAUGGAGACAGGGAGAAGGGAGAAAGCACAAUGCCAGAGUGGACAGAUUGAUGGGGACCCUUCGCCGGGUGACCUUCUCGGUAGUGAGCCAACCACAGGACGGUGGUUGCUAUGACAGUGGCCUGGAAGACUCGGAGACUCCGAGUAGCAAGAGUUCAUCAGGGCCUCGGUUGGGAGCCCUGCCACUUCCAGAGGAAGGCUACGAGCGAACCACACCUGAGGGCAGCGUAGGGGAGGAGGAGCAUGUGGAGAAUGAUGCUAGACAGCUGCCAGAUGUAGCUUUGACAGGGAAGUGUACCAGGGAGUGUGAUGAGUUUGGCCAUUCUGACACUUGUUGGAUGCCUGUCCGCUCUUCGGCACGGCCGCGUCAGCGCCACGGCAGCGACCCACCACGACUCUCGACCUUUGCCCCCGGAGAUGACAACAAUAACCUUCGCGGUAACGACCAUGAGAGUGACAGUGAGAGUGCGGGAAGCGCGGGGAGCUCCGAACCCGGAGUGGUCGUCAGUGGAGAAGGUCAGAGAUUACCUUUAGCCAAUGGGGAUCCGCUUGGCACCCUGGGUAGGGGAAACCACAACAGGAAUAUGGGUGAUCACAACCGUAACCUUCUUAACCGCAAGAUGACUUCUGCAUCCUACGACACAUUUAGCAGUGCUGGUUUUGGGAGACGCCAACAAGAGGAGGGAGGGGGAGAAGGCCAAAACCCACCUGAGGUCAUACCACUGACGCGGACAGGAGGGGACUACAAGACCACAUCCUGCCUGACCUUGUCACGCCGUGAGGUCUACCUGUGACAUCCUUGCAGUCCUCACCACUACUUCCUUUUCCAUAACAAGAGGGAGGAUUAAAACUUCACUGGCAAGUCAUCAGCGUGAAAGGACUUGGAACCUGGGAAGAUGUGAAACUGUCAGAAAAGAUGUUUUCCAAAAAUACUUUUUGAUUCUGACUAAUAUUUAUAGGCCCUUAAAUGUAGGAAAAAAAUUGGAUAAACUCCUAGGAGAACCCUGAACAGAAAGAACACUUUCUAAAGCAUUUUUCUAAAUACUGGUGAAAGUUACCUACAGGCAAAGCUCCUCUUAUGACAAUGUGGAGGAGGACAAUCUUCUCUUCUUUUUACCUGAAUCUGAUGCAUGCCUGACCCUAUCCCACAGAGGGAACUGUAUGAAGAAGAAAGAAGCGGAGACGGUGUAAAUUCUGAUGCUAUAAAUUCCUGAGUGCGUAUAAAAACUGAGUCUACAGCAGACCAGAUUUGGACUCAACUGGUGAGCCAUCUGCUGAAAAACCACAGAGGUUUCAUCCAGUCAAAACAGAUUAAAAAAGAAGUGACGGGUCUUUGAUUGAGUUAUUUGAAUCUAAUUCAAACCAAUCAAUUUUUCUAAUGUCUAAUCAACUGUAUCAUAACACAAGAGGGGGAUAUUAACCAAUCAAACUGCUCAUGUCUUGAGGAUUUUCUGUCAUAAAUAGAGCGUAAAGUACCACCUGAGUGUGAUUGCCGUAAUGUUACACACUAGAAAAAAACGUCAGUUGUUUAAAACACAUACGAUUCAGAACAAACAGCAACAAUGUGAAAACAGACUUUUCUUACAAUCAAAUGUAAUUUUUCAGAAUACAGUGUCCUCAUAGUAUGUCAGUAGUGCCACAGUAUUCGGGCGUGUGUGAGAAUAUAUGUUUAUUAUUUUACCUUUACACCCAGUCUGUAUGUAUAUAGUGUAUGUCAGUAUUUGAUAAAACAGCAGCGUUAUCUCUCCGCUGCUGUCUUUCGUUGAGUAGACUGGGGUGCUUAGUUCAUUGCACAUCUACGGUAUCCUAACGGUGUUCAUGUAUGAUAAGUGCUCUCUCACGCACACGCGGACACAUAUGCACUCAUACGCAUGCAAGCGCUCAUACACUGAGCAUAGCAUGUAAACACAAACAUACAGUGCAUUUACAGAAUGUGGACGUGCAUAAGGCCACCGUUUAUGACACGAGUCAGUGGCUGUGUAACAUAAAGUAUGUAAUAACCUGCAUUAACUUUCAUACAGAAAAAAUUAAGAACAGGCAAACACAACACACACAUACACACAGCAUAUUUAAACAUAAGUCAUAUAAACGCAGUGCAUAGUUCAUGUGCACUAUGUAUGUAUGUGCUUUUUUAUCAUAAUUUUUUAACAUUAUCAUUGAACUAGCUGUAGCAUUUUGCCUGCUCCCCUCCAUCCAGUAUUUAAACAUGAAAUGUAUUUAAUAAUUAUUCAUCUCUGACUGAUGUGUGAGACUACAUUAAAGGGAAUUUCAGUGACAUCUACUGUAAGUGACGAUAGACAAUGUGAAAACCGGAGCUAUUCUGCUGUACGUAGGACUCAUAGAAAAGACCAAACUUCUAUAGCUUCUGUAAGAAAAAAAGGAAAGAAAAAAACUGCAUGAAAGAAAGAUUAUGCUAACUUUUUUUUCCUCUCUUUUUUAAACCACAUGCUUUUUUGAAUACCAUGCCUAUUUGGAUACAUCUGUACUAAAUGUGUGUGCUCGCGGGGAAAUGGAGAUAAUGAUUGCAGCAAGGGAGUUAGCUUCAGUGGAUGAGAUCGUUUCUUCUUUAUCGUGGAGAGAGUUUGAAGUAACCUUGGGCCCUUUCGCUCACUUUGGCACAAAGGAUGCCAGAGGCUAUAUAUAUAUAUAUAUAUAUAUAUAUAUAUUAAAAAAAGAACAUAGUGAAUUGGGAACGUAAGACUUGUGCUGCGACCCGUUUCACCGCGCAGUGCUGACCUGAACACGCCCAUACUGCUGUGCUGAACUGCACAGAUAACAGACUCCUUCACAUUUUGUCCUUCCCAUCAGCUACUGCACGACUUCGACACACUCUGCUGCAUUGGGCUAAAGAGUGGGUGUGGAUUGAGGCCAACACAUCUUAAUUCCCAUCAUCAGUGUGUGGCUCAGUGGUGUGAUAGGGAUAAUAGGGUUAGGUCGUCCCUGUGGUCUUAAUGAGUUUCUUUUCUCCUCUCUUCUCCUCCCUUGAUCUGUUCUGAUCUCAUUAAUGUCUGGAUAGAGGAAUGUAGCACUGCUGGAAAAUUGCUAGUGUGUCUCUUAAUUUUUCUGGUUGUUUUCGGAACAUAAGAGUGAACUAAGACAUUUAAAAAAAAAUGUGUAGUAAGGUUCAGCUUACUCACAGAGUCGCGGCUUGACUGUCACCUCACUGAAAGAUAACUGGACUGGAAAUGAAGCAGGAAUCAUUGUGACACCUCCUUAGAUUUUACAAGGAUAAGAACAGCUCCGUGUGUGUGGAUACACUUUGUAUACCUGUAUAUAUCUUUAACUUUCCAACUCUGUAAAAAACACUCUUUAGCUUCAGGUCCACUGAUGUAUUUACUCCCAAAGCCUUCAUUACUCCCAUAUACCCCAAUAUGGCUGUUUACUGAGCUCUGUUUUUGAUGGACUGUGCUGAGGAUGUAACAAAAUUCAAAGCCUAACAUUUGGGAUUUUUCGCUUCUUGGAGACUUCAUGGGGCUUGAAAACAAUCAUAAUAUCCUGCAUGGUAUGUUCUGAGAGACAAAAGGACACGUGCUCAUUCUCUGGGAGAAUGAGUUGAGAUAAAUGGUUUUCAGACCCUUAAAGGGCAUCAAGAACCCGUGGAGAAACCAGUUUGUGAGUUUUGCAAAGAGACUCUUGAGACAGCCCUGCCUUUUAAAAGUGGCAAAUAUUUCUUCAAACUGCUGUUUUAUGGCAGUUCCAUGAUGGCACCUUUCAAACACUUAAGAGUGGAUUUAAGGGAACUUUAUGUAAAUGAAUCUGUGUGGGUGUGUCUCUUUUUUUUAUACUGCACGUUUAAACAUGAAGAUGUUUCAGUCUACUGCGAAAAUGAAAAGGGGAGAGAGACAGAGAAAGGCAUCAUGUCUGAGAUCUGCCACCUACUAAUCAAGACACUUUUGAGAAGAGACACUUCAGUGGACGCCAUGUACCUGUCAUCCCCCUUGUGCUGUUACCCUAGCCAUGUACAAAUAAAGUACACUGUAGAACAGACAACCGGAAACCAUAACAAACGAUGGCAUGCUUAAGGUUCAAAUCUGCACUUGAUAAAAAAAAGGAAAAAAAUGUUAUUUUUGUUUUCCUCUUCUUUGUUUUCUUUACCUUUAGGAAUUGGCUCUGUUUCUUUGCCAAUUCCCCCCUGUAAUUACAUAAUGAACUAAUUGCAUUUGCUAUGAUGUGGAAGAAGAAGAAGAGCUCUUGACGAAUGGUUUGGUAUGAAGAUUAAUCAUGUAAAAGUUGACUUUGACAUUAAAAACUUCAGACAUACCCAUUGGCUGUUAGCACUUUCACUCUGUUCUCAGAUUAUUUCGCACAGUAACAAUGAGAGCAACAGCAGGUGUGACACUUGUAAUGACACCAAGCAAAAUAACUUGCAAUAUUUUUUUUUUAUCAAGAACUGAGCCAAAUGUUGGCAAAUUUAUUCAUCAAUAAAGUCAUUACUUACAGCAAA